AUGGAGUACCGCGACGAUAUUCCGCGGGGGCACUGGAAGAAAAGCCAGAAGCCAUACACCAUCCGUCGGAAACCUAUCUCGCCAAAGACCCUCAGCUACGAGCCCAUUUACGUUGAGAUAUCAAGUAGUACGGCCAGCAAUAAUGACAUAUCGAAGCCUCGCGAAGAGACAAACCUUAUUGCAAACGCAGAGUCCGAAUUUUUAAACACUUCUCGAUCCAUCAAGCCCUCCUCGAAAUCACAGAUCAGCACCUCCUACACAGAUUCCAAUGUCAGUAAUGGCUUGUUAAAGGCCACUGAGAAUGUCAAAGUCGCUGGCAUCGAUGAGGAGAGCAAUCACAAAGGAUGCGUGGCAGCUUCAUGGCGCCCGACUUGGCUACGUCCACUUGUGCUAGCAAUUUUUGCCAGCCUCUUCCUCUUCCUUGCCGUUGCGCUGGCUGUCAUGCUGUGGUACUCAGCCAACAACAGUGGGCUUUUCGAGAGUCAUCAGAGUCUAUUGCAUACUUAUGUGUGGCGAUUUGGGCCGACUGCAUUCCUCACGAUUUUGACCAUUUUCUGGGCUAGAGUUGAGCUGCAAGCUAUGAUGUAUAUGCCUUGGAUAUCUCUACGUUCAGGUCCCUCGCUUGGAGAAAGUGAUCUAGCACUCGACUACACCACGAUGCUUUUACCUCUUGUUUUCUCCCGGUCAUUUCGUCGGAGGCAUUAUCUUGUAUUCCUGGUGGCUUCCAUUUCUGCCUUGCUCAAGGCCCAGAUCAUCCUUGCCCCUGGAUUGUACAGCCUCACGGAACUCCAAGUUACACGCCCUAUCGACGUCCUUUUACAAGACACCUUUGAUUCGGUGACACCAGAAACUACAUACACGCCGGACGCGAGCGUCUACUACAGGGCAAGGGCACAAUACGACUUUAACGUCGACUGUCCAUAUGGGGUUGCGGAAGGUUUUGCGUUUCAAACGUUUUACACUGGGAGUGAUUUCAGUCGAGGAACUGUCGCCAACCCAGUAACGGCCACCGUAGAUGGGCUUUUCGUUGGCACCCAAUGCGUUAAGUUGAACUCCUACGCAAUCUUGGAACAGCACAACAUCGCCAAUUAUCAGGGCAGGGGCUUAUAUAUGAACUUUACCGUGGAGCUUCAGUUUGAUGGUUGCGAAGAACCAUUCAUCGUCCCGCAUUUCGACGCCUGGCCCUCUCCGAGACUGAAUGCCACAUUCUGGGGCUUGCAAACGGACUCAAAAGUCGCCCGACCCUGUUCCGGAUUACCUUUACAAGCCCCGGGUUUCCUAUACUACAAUGGGGUAUUCAAGCUACGGAGCGAUAACUCGUCUGAGUAUCUACAUCCACCAGCCGCUGUAAUCUGCGAGCCUCACGCUUGGUUGUCGAAAGUGCAGGUCACCGACGAUGGACUGAAGCCGACAUUGAUGGCAGUCUAUGAUGAGCGACGACCUUUGUCCACGCCAAACAUCAUGACAAUGUUCAACAACUCACUCCCGCCCAAGGACAUCUGGCACGCGGAUACAGUUUCAGGGUGGACUGGUCCGCUCAGUGUUGAUCUGAGGUUCAGGGGUCACGCGACUACCGAGUUCCCAGAGGUUGUGACGACCGACAUGUUGCAAGAUUCAUCCCAGAACAUUACACGGAGGCUUGGACCAUUCGCUAGCCACUACCAUCUUCGACAGAAGCAAAGCUCCGGUGGAAGUGGUACAUCGCUGCAGCGUAUCGUUCGCCUCACCAUAAACCCCAAGAUUUGCCUAGCGAUGAUUGCGCUCUUCAUUUUCAACGCCGGCAUCACUACGUUUCUGCUUUGGCGUUAUUAUCACGACACCUCGGUCUGGCACCGCGAUCCGGCAACGCUGCUCGGAAAUUCAAUGUUUCUCAGUAAUCAUCCCGACAUCACAAACCGGACUGCAGAAAUCAAAGGCCCAUCGCCGGACUGGAAAAGUGGCGCCUUUACGCCCCUGGUUUUGAAAACGACAUCACGCGUAGUAUUCUGCAUCUUCACCAUACUGCUCGCGAGUAGUCUCAUUGUUACCCUCCGACAUUCCGAGACAUCGGAUGGGCUUGCAACCAUUGAUGAAGACGGUUAUUUACACCUAAUGUGGACUUCCUUCCCAGCUACCAUAGCACUCGGAGUAUCCCUCUACAUCAGCUCUUGCGAUUGGUCGUAUCGUGACCUCGCGACUAUCUACCAUCUCUCUAGAGCCGCGUGUAACUCUUGCGACCUUGACCGCUCUCUGUUAGAUAUGCUGGGACUACGCGCGCUGUACUACUCUUUCCGUUACCGUCUCUGGUCUGUCACGGUCUCUCAAAGCCUGGCCCUCGUGUGCGGGAUACUCACUUCCCUUAUCUCCAUUAUCUUUACAGUCGAAAUCAUACCCGGGUCGACACCAAUUCAAUUCCAACAAAAGACUUGGUUUCAAAUACGAGACAACGUUGGGUACGAGCUUGACUACACAGCAAAACAAGAAAUGUUCAAUGGUCUUUGGACCCGUCGGGAGGAAGGCUCUUUGACUUAUCCGGAAAACACGUUCGACAAUCUUUUGUUCCAUGAUUUCGAAAGCAUCGACACCCUCGACCCAUCCAAGAACCUUUCGGUUGCAAUCACAACACCAGCGACCAAGGUCGAGUCUCAGUGCACCCAGCUCAGCGAGGACACGUACGACAUCAGCCAUUAUAACACGACCACGACAAACGGAACAGUAGCGUAUUACGCCGCCGUAGUUGUCACAUUUUGUGAUCCUGGAAACGACAAGCCUAGAAGGAUCAAAAAAGACAUCGACCUCGGUAUAACUGACCCGGCUGAUCCGCUGGGAAGCAUAUACUUUUCAGGCAUGCUUCAGACGCAAGCGAACCCAGUCGUGGACGGCUGCAUGCUCGAGAGCCAGCUGGCGCACUCAAAUUUGACGACGGCUCUGUACCCUACCUAUGUUUGGGGAGCGUUUGACCCGGCUCAAGACAACUUCUCCUUUGUCGCCGUUUGGACGUGUAAAUACUCUUGGGUCGAAGUCGACGCGGAAACGAAUCUGAUCUUCUCCGACGGCCGUCUCGCCAUCGACCCGGAGAACCCCCCACGACCAGACAUGGCCUCCAUGAGGCCCCUGGACCCCACGCUUGAUCUGAACACUUGGUUUGCUAUGUACCCAGAAGUCGAUCUCGGCGGCACAGGAGAUCAGUUCAAGGGGGUGGAGGGUCCCUUCCGACCACUGAUCAAGCCGUAUGGGACGCUGGACAUGUCGGCAUUCGGAGAUGAGGGACAGCAGGCGGACGUGAUGCAGGACAUAUAUCACAACUACGCCCUCAGCUCGGCGCAACUCGCCAACGUCGUGAACCGUAAAUUCAUCACCGCCGAAAGCGGUCCCUCGCCGGCCCCGGUUGUGGAGGCGACCGUGUACGACAAUGGCCGCCGUCGGCUGAUGCAAAACCCGACCAUCACGUAUAUUGUGGUAGGUAUUCUGGGGGCCGUCAUCCUGUUCAACAUCUGGGCGCUGGUGUCGGCCUUAAUCUGGUGCUGCGGCGGCGGGGAUAGCUGGCUGCUGGAUAUGGAUGCGAGGGGCCUCGCGCCGGACGGGUUCCACAGCAUCGCCUCGGCAGCCAGCUUGCUCCAGAACUCCAACGUGGCGACUCAUCUGCCGCCUGGUUCUGAGAUGAUGUCGUCGGAUGAGGUACACGGGCAUAUGCACGGUUUGGACUUCCGGUUGGGGUGGUUCAGGAGGGAGUGCGACCAAACGAGACACUAUACGGUUGGUGUCAUGGGCGAUCCAGCGUUUAAUUACAUGGGCGUCAGAAGGAGUUCAAAAAGGGCUUCGGCAUGGUCUUUCAGGAAGGAAAGCGUGCUUGGUUAA